AUGAGUGCGGAACGGCUGCUGAAAAGUUGGAGCUCCAAAUCUAGCUUUAGCAUAGAAACAGGUCUAUCUCGAUGGUUUUGUUAUAAGGCCGUCAACAGACGGGCCAUUACGGAGUUAAGGAACCUCCGUCGCGGCCUUCCAGACGUAAAAUCUGAUGGUUCUAACCAGAGAUCCCUAACGGAGACACUUCAUGCACGUAUACGGGCUACGGGUCCGAUUACUGUAGCUUCUUACAUGAAAGAGGUCCUAUUAAAUCCUCAUACAGGAUAUUACAGCACAAAAGAUAACGUGUUCGGUGAUGAAGGAGACUUUGUUACCGCUCCUGAAAUCGGUCAAAUUUUUGGUGAGCUCAUCGCUGUGUGGUGCAUAAAUGAGCUGCAAAAGUUCAACUAUGAUGGGCAGAUUCAUCUUGUCGAACUUGGUCCUGGCAAAGGAACUCUUAUGCUCGACAUGCUGCGAGUUUACGAGCGUUUUGGUUUUUCGAAGGAGCGCAUCAGUGUGCAUCUGGUGGAGCUAAGCUCCCACUUGCAACGGGUUCAAGGUGAACGAUUGUGCAAGGGUCAGGUUGAACGCUCCGGCCAGAGUGAAUCAUACAUUCAACGCGGAACAACUGGAAAUGGCGUCAAUAUUUUCUGGUACCCAGAUAUCGUAGAAGUGCCGAGAGGAUUUUCCAUCGUGAUUGCGAAUGAAUUCUUCGAUGCGCUGCCGGCGCAUGUAUUCUGUAAAGAUCUAGCUGAUGAUGACGGUCCGGGGUGGAAAGAAGUUUUGAUCGAUAUCAAUCCAGAUGCAAGUGUACCGAGUUUCAGGUUUAUUCAAUCUACCAAGAGGACACCGUAUUCCGUUGUUUUUGAAAAACGAUUCCACGAUAAAGCGCACCUAUUGCGAGAUCGCAGUCGGGUCGAGGUGUCGUUCGAAAUGGAGCAAAUAGCACAGAACUUGGCGAACCGUUUCGCCGAUAGUGGUGGCUUUGGUCUUAUCGUAGACUACGGUCACGAAGGAAACAAAUCGGAUACAUUCAGGUCUUUCAAAUCCCACAAGCUACACGAUCCUCUUGUAAAUCCAGGCGAUGCAGAUUUAACGGUGGACGUUGAUUUUGGCUUCCUCAAGCACUUUUUAGAGCAGGAUGAUAAAGCUUUCACUCUGGGACCGGUAGCACAAGGAACAUUUCUUGAGGCAAUGCAAGGUUCCAAGCGAUUAGAGGAUUUAUUGAAGUCAAGCACUUCUCAGAAUUGGAAAAAGUCGUUAAUUACCGGUUAUGAAGAGUUAACAAAUCCAGCUAAAAUGGGAGAACGUUUUAAAGUUCUGGCCGUUUUUCCUGCUGCACUAAAACAACAUCUUCUACCAGGAAAUAAUGUGAUUGGAUUCCGCUCCCAGGAAACGGAAUGAGAUUCUAGAGGCAUGUGUUUUUGUACUAAUCGUUCGAAUCCUUCCGAAAACCGUAG